AUGUUGACUGUUAUAUCGUUAAGCCUUUCAUUUGAAACGAUUCAAGUUCUCGGUCAGACGAAAGAGCCAAAAGAUUUUGACUUAAACAAAACACCACCUCCCGAAGAUGUUUUAGAGGGAGAAACCGUGCAUUCGCAGUAUCCGAUCGACAAAACAGGUAUGACUACCGAUACAUUAAACAAAGCGGAAGUAGUUAGAAAGAAGACGAAGCGGAAACGCAAAGCAGAAGUGGAUCUUAAUGAGGAAAACGAACGUAAACGAGCCUAUUCUCGUGAAAGGUCUAGAAGAAGGCGACAAGGUCUUCUUGAACGUAAUCGAGGAAAAGGACAAAAGAGAUUGUACAUUGACCUAAAUAGGACACCUUCACUCGAGCCUGAAGAUGUUGUGGCCUUAAGCCCUAGCCAGCAGAAUGCUGAAGUGCAAUCCAAUCAAGGCCACCCGAACAGACCAAGUGAUAUAAAUUCUGGUCAAACUAUUCAGUUAGAUCAAGUAGAUCCAAAUGAUCCAGCAGAAAGACGACGGAAACGUAAACAGAUAUCAAAUGCAAAAAGGGAUAGAAGGGCAGAUACUGAAAGACAAAAGAAGCGUAGACAGCAGCUUCGUGAAAGACAAUUAGCCGGUACAUUGCUGCAAAGCGAUAUACGGCAUCUGGAAACGAAGAGAAAGAAAGACAAAGCUUAUAGGGUAAGGAAGAAGAAGGAGAUACAAGAAUAUGCUCUUAAAUGGCGUCAAAAGAAUAGUGGAUACAAUAAAGACAGAGUAAGACAAUGGAAAGAACAACAUCCCGAAAAAGUAAACGAGUAUCGUAUGAAGUACAGAGAGAAAGAAAGACUGAAGAAGAAAGCUCUGUCUGAGAAGCAAGACGAUGAUGCUGUGAAGUAUUUGAUCCUGUAUUUUGCGUUGAUGCAAUCGAUGCAUGUUCAUGGACAGAUGAAGCGAACAAGGAGCUUUGAUCUGAACGAGACGCCUUCUCCGGCAAGCAGCCCUGGGCAUGAUACUUUGUUACUUAGCCUUGGACAGCAAAAUGGUGACUCACAUUCUUAUCCUGAGCAUAUAACGGGUAAUCAAAUAGGUAGCACGAACGCUGAAAGUGCAAUCCAUGGGAACUCUCAAACGGCAAACCACUAUCAAAGUAAUCCAAGCAAAGAGCCAAAACGAUGGAAACGAAAACCAAAGAUAAUUAUAAGCGGAAAAAGUGAAAAACAAAGAGAAGUGGAACGAUUAGCAUCAAAAAGAUAUAGAGACAGAAUUCGAGAGCGUAAAUUGGCAGGAACGCUGACUGAACAGGAUAUGCGUUACUUUGAAAAUAUGAAAAAGAGGAAAAAGAAAUACGAAGAAAACCAUUUAGAAGAAAUUCGAGAUCACCACGCUCAAUGGCGUGAAAAGAAUCGACAACGUAAUAACGAAAAAAGGAACAAGUUGCGAAGCGAAAAUCUAGAACGUGCUCGUGAAAAGGAAAGUCAAUAUCGCGAACGCAAUAGGGUCACAAUUCGAAAAAGACGUAUGCAAUUUUACUAUAGGAAAAAAGAACAAAAUAACCAAAGCAAAGCUGACGAAAAUAAUAAUUAA